UGUUCCAUGUUUCUCAGCUCAUCAGUGCACUUUCACAACUACUGAACACCUUGUAUCUGCAAACUCAUCCUUGUAUUUUGUGAGAGACUUUUACCUCAACUAUUUCAGAUCUCUGAGUAGUACUGUCAGACUGAAAACCAUGAGUGGCAAGAAGCAAAGGUAAGAAAUUCAGUAAUUAAUGUACAAGGUCUUCACAUUCAUCCUUCAAUAUUACAGUAAUAUGGAUUAAUCUCUGUGAAGAUUUCUCAUCAGGCAAAAAAUGGGAGAAAAACGGGAGAAUAAAGAUGGAAGUGAUAUAAAACCAAACAAAAAGGUUCAUGCAGGAUAUGUCAAUGACCUCCUGACUUCACAUAUGUCCAAACCUGUUGCACACAGAUGCACCCUGACAGAAAUUGGCAAUGGCCGGCUAAUGAAACAACACACAGGCAACAUAAUGUUAAAGCUGUUGCCCAGCAGCAGGUCAAGAAGUUGAGCAAACGCUCCUCCAGACAUGAGAAACUGCCACUGUUACCUGCAGACUGCAGCAACAAGGACGGCAGUCAUCUGAGACGGGACAGACUGAUGCCUGUUCCUCUGCGCCUGAUUGAAAAUACGACCCAGACCAGCUCCGGCAGGUCUUGGUCAGCGGGACAAAAACCUGAGACGGCCGUCCGCAGGCCAACCGCAGAGCUGGACGUGCUCUGCAAGCUGCCUGAUAUAAAGAACACUCAAGUUAAGCGCUCCACGCCAAAGAGCGGGAAUCUGCACAGACUGCCAGGUGCACUGCCAUCAAUUUGUGAAAGGAGAGAGGAACUCAACAAGAACAUCAAGCUGCCCUCCCUUGCAAACACGCAGAGGGCUGAGAGUCCCAGCAUGGACAAGGCAAAGACAAAGAAGAAACUUAUAUGAACCUUUAAAUAAUCAAACUUCUUUCAUAAACUUUCCUUUAUGAAUUUUGUUGCUGCUAAAUCUUUAUGUCUUUACUUUAUGAAUUGUAUUUAUAUUAAACAUGUAUUACCUAAAUAAAUUUACAUAACAUA